UCUGCCAUUGUGAAUCAGGUGAACAUUGAAGAUUUGAAGCAGAUGAAGACCUUCAUUAAACUGAUGAAGAAGCAGCAGAAGGAACUGAACACACUAAAGAAACGACACGCUAAGGAACACAACGCCAUGCAGAAAUCACACUGCACGCAGGUGGACAGAAUGGUGGCUCAGCAUGACAAGGAGAAGUUCUCGCUGGAGAAGCUGCUGGAGAAGGCCAUCAAGAAGAGAGGUGAAAACAACUGCUCCGAGUUAAAGAAGGAGACUGCCAUAAAGGUUGAGAUGCUCACGACAGACCAUAAAGAAAAGGUGAAGGACAUGGUGGCGCAGCACACUAAAGAGUGGUCAGAGAUGAUCAACUGUCACAGCACAGAGGAACAGGAAAUGAAGGACGCCCAUGUGACGCAGCAGUGUGAGCUCCUCAGGAAGCUGCUUGCCAGCGUUCAGGAGCAGCAGACACUGCAGCUCAAGCUCAUCCACGAGCGGUGAGAGACACGACCGACACACGUGUGUUCAC